AUUUGCUAUUAGUCAGUCUCGAAAUAAAGUGCAUUUAUAUAUUAUUCUGCACCGGCUAGUGAUAUAUGGCCGUUUAACAAAAGUCUCUUAGUGUUCUUCAUAUUUCGGCAGUUUUUUUCAAUUAAUUUCUGUGUGCCGUGUAUGCAGCGGCUGCGACAAUUUUUCGGUGUUUUUGGUUUCUACAUACAUACCUGAAACUGUUGCAGAUUUAUUUUUGUUCUAAAGUGUUUUAUGUGUGCAUAUAUAUGCGAAAUCUUUCCCUUGCCCACCAUGUCUGCUGAUAUUGCCAUUGUGUGCCAUUAAAUUUUUUGUUUUUGCAAAUAAGAAGAACUUGGCGACACAUUUAUUUAUACAUAGCCAUAGUGCGAACACGUUGCUUGCUCGCUGAGAAGUUCUUUCACAUUCUUUUUAAAAAUUUAAUUUAGUGUUCAGCACCAGAGAAUAUGAAUGUAGAAAAGCUGAGACGAUUGCAGGCACAGGUACGCAUUGGUGGAAAAGGUACACCACGUCGUAAAAAGAAGGUUAUGCACCAAUCGGCUGCUACCGAUGAUAAGAAGUUGCAAAGUUCUUUAAAGAAAUUAUCAGUUAGCACCAUACCAGGGAUCGAAGAAGUCAACAUUAUUAAAGAUGAUUUAACAGUGAUUCAUUUUAAUAAUCCUAAAGCACAGGCUUCGCUUUCGGCCAAUACUUUCGCAGUGACAGGCCAUGGUGAGUCAAAGAAAAUUGUUGAAAUGCUGCCGGAAAUUUUGCCACAGUUAGGUCAAGAAACCGUUAUGCAGUUACGUAUGUUUGCCAACACUAUGUCAUGUGGACUUCAGAAGCCAGGUACGGGAACUGGUGGCAUUCUUGAAAAGGUUGCUGAAGAAGAUGACGACGUGCCUUUGUUGGUCAAUGAUUUUGAGCAAGUUGCUAAACUAGAAGAAGCUUCCAAGGCCAAAAAAGUUGUGACAUUUGAGUCUGAGCCUCAGAAAAUUGAUAAUAACCAUAAAACUCCUAUAUUGGAGAAAAUUGAAACAAAAAUUGAUGCAUCUAAAUCGUUUGAAAAUGUAAAGAAAUCCAAUGACUUAAAAGAAGAAAAGAAAGGCAAAAAAUCAAACAAGCAGUCAACUGAUGGGGCUGCUAAAAAUAAAACAGAAACAGUAAAAUCCGAAAACAAAAAUCAAAAACAAGCCAAAACUGAAAAAUCUAACAAGCAAGACAAACCGUCGGCGUCAUCUGCGACGGCAACAACGGUGACUGCAACCGCAGUUAAAGAUAUAAAGAGGGAAAAUGAAAAACAAAAAUUACCGCUACAAUCCAAAGAGAUUAGCAACAAUGAUAAUAGUAAACCAGGUAUAGAUGCUCAGAUCGAACGAGAGGUGGCUGCCGACAAGAAACAACAACCGCAACAACAAUUAAAGAAAGCCGAUUUUAAUAAGAAGGAAAAUAUAACAGCAACCCCGGUAAAUGAAACCAAUCAGCAAAAAUCUUCAGGUAAAGGAGAAAAGCCUUGUGGAAGAGUGGAUGCAAGCCGUCAAAAAUCAGUGAAAGCAGAAAAUGAAAAGGAAAUAGAAAAAAAGGAUGAAAAACCGCAGAAUGUUGAAAAAUAUAAAAGGUCGAAUAAAUCUCAGAAUAAGGAAAGUAGCGAACUACAGCAGUCUCCAUCAUCAGACAAAAAUAUUGAACAACAGACCGCCGGAGUUGUUCAACUUGGACAAGUUGAAGAUAAAUUGCACACAGCUGUUGCAGUUUCUGAAAAUAAGCAAACUGCAGAUAAGCCAAAGGAAGAACCCGCUGCCUCUGAGCAAAUAAAAAAAUACGAGCAACCCACAGUUAUUCCCGCGGUCGCAGUACCUAAAGAGAAUCUUGAAAAAUCAAACGAAUCACGUGCUACGUCUUCUAAAAUUGAUGAGCAAAUAAAAAUAGUUUCUGUAACGCUUACAACUGAAGAAGCGAAAUCUGAUGUUCAACCACCAACUGUGCAGGUAGCAGAUAAUCUAAAACCAGUUGUUAUGAAUGUUUGUGCGGAAAUGGGGGAUCUUGGAAGCAGUGCUAAUGUAUCCUUAAUUACACCUGCUGAAGUUAAUGAAAAAUCUUUACAAUUGGUCACAAAGGACGAAAUGUCUGCUGCCGGUGCUGUUACUGAGGCGAAAGUAGUAGGGAGCACACCUAAAGACGCAGAACCAAAGCAAAUUGCAUCUGAAACAAAAGAAUUAAUUAUGUCUGACAUAAUACCUGUAGGAAUGGAACAAACAGAAACCAAAACUGAGAUGGAAGAUAUUAAACAGGCACCAAUAGUUGAUGUAACGGAACUGAAAAGCACGGCUGUGACUAAAACCGAUACGAGAGAAAUUGUUAAAGAAAAAGAAUCUAUUGCAAAAAAAAUGCAUCAUGGGAUUGCGCAAGAUGAUAAAACUCACACUGUCAUUUCGGCUAUCGAUGGAUCUUCCAAGUCUGCUGCAGCAGUAACGCAAAAGGCUUCUCCAUCUAAACAGACAACCGUGAAGAAACCCGCGGGCCCCUCUACUAUAACAGCUGCUAAAAAAGAAGUAGGCGAAUCGAAAGUUGAAGGUAGCAGAACAAAGCCAGGUUCGGUUAAACCAACGUCAUCGAAUCAAGCAAAACCUAGUCAGACAACUACCAAUCAAAAAACUUUCAAACCGCAGAUGCCAACAAAAGUGAUGACUUCACCAUCAAAGACUAACGAAAGGCCAGUUUUGUCACCAAAGCCAACUACACAAACUAAAGCAAUUUCACCACAGCCCAAGACAACAGUUGUAUCUCCUACGAAAGCUUCACCCUCAAUUUCGCAACUUACUAACGUCGGCGAAAGCGAAGAACAAGUCAAAGACGCAGGUAAACAAAUUACUGGUGGUUCUGUUAAACCGGAAGUCGGCGUUAAGCCAAAUAUUCCCCCUUUAGAUUCCGGUUCACAGGCCAUAGCUAGUAAUGAGGCCGCAACUACAACAAAAGCUUCCAGCCCUGCCGCGAAAGCUCAAAAAAAAUCUACCAUACCUUCAAAAGCAAAUCAAAAUACCAAAACCAAGCCAACAAAUAAUAAAGCAACUGUUCAACCAAGCUCAGACCCAAUGACGAAGUCAAGCAUUAAACAAAAUUCACCAUCUAAAACUUCCGAUGAUGGUAGUACUAAAUUGAAAGCCACAACUAAACAAGACCAAACGAAGCAAGUAACUCCGACUAAAAUAAAUGAUCCUUCUCCCAAGACCAUUGAACAUACACCUACUGAAAAAGCGCAAUCACCAAAUGUGGAUGUAGUGAAAAAAAGUAUAAAAGCAUCUCACGAAAAAGUUCUUGCGGAUGUGUCUGGAAAUGUUCAAGAGCAGCAAAUGCUGUCCCUUCAACAAAAAGAGACCGCAGUUAAGUCCGAUAUUUUGCCAAAAGUAAAUAUCGAGGCAAUUACAAAAACUGUAAAUGAAACAUCGAAACAUCCAACACCGCCAAAGGGAGCAGAAGGUAUUACUAAACCAAAAGUUGAAUUCAAUGACAAAGGAAUGGAUGUUAGUGUCAAACCUGAAACGGAAUCACUGCCCGUUAAGCGAACCAGUCCACAAAAAACUGUAGGUGCUGCUGUUGCUAAAUCUGAAAGUAGUCAAUCUACUUCACUUAAAAUGCCAAAAAACGAAUCAAUAACACCCGCUGAACAAACUAGUCCACAGAAUAUCUUAGAUGUUGGCGAUGUUAAGUCAUCAGCUGCUCUUCCGGCGAGUAUUGGCAUUGCAAACGUUCAAGCAUACAAAGAAAUGGACACCAUUGCUGUAGGUGAAAGUGCGCAAUUGUUAGCGCAACAAAUUAGUCCUAAAAAAGCUUUAGAUGUUAAUGCUAAGGUAACAGAUAGCGUCGUCCCCUUCGCUUGUAAGCAUAUGAAUGAGCAAAUACCAGUUCAGCAAGUAGAAGAAAUUGUUAAACCAAAUACAGAAGCCAACGAACCGAUAACUAGUCCAAAUGAUGUUGAAAAAAAAGAUCAGAUAUUCGAGCCGCCUACUGAGGAAGCGCCUCUGAACGUUUCUAAGGAUACUAAUCAGCUUGCCAAGUAAACAACAAGUAAAAGGAAACGUAUUGGCCAACUGCUUAAUUUAUAAUUUUGAAUGCAUUUUAUUUUUCCAUCCGAUAUCUAUUAAUACUAACACAACAA